AUGUCUCCCUUGGCAUUCCCUACGAAAGAGGUCGACAUUGUCGAUAUACAUGAGAAUGACGUGGAAUACUCCCUCGUAAACGAAAUCCGCAAGGGUCUGAACCCCGCGGAGGGGCAGAGGCGAUCCCUGCCAACCAUGUUGCUCUAUGAUGCACAGGGACUCAAGCUCUUCGAGGAGAUCACCUACGUGGAUGAGUACUACCUGACAAAUGCCGAGAUCGAGGUUUUGAAGGAUAACUCGAAGAGAAUCGUGGAGCAGAUUCCAGAUAAUGCACAAUUGCUGGAAUUGGGCAGUGGAAAUCUCCGGAAGAUUGAGAUUCUUCUCAAAGAGUUCGAACGCACAGGAAAGCAUGUCGAUUAUUACGCGCUAGAUCUGUCCCUAUCUGAAUUGCAGCGAACCUUCGCGGAAGUAUCGCUUGACGAUUACACCCAUGUCGAUUUCCACGGUCUCCACGGAACCUAUGAUGAUGCUCUUGGUUGGCUGAGCAACCCAGACAACCGACAGCGCCCAACAGUGGUCAUGUCCAUGGGGUCAUCCAUUGGAAACUUUAGCCGUCCAGGUGCGGCAGAGUUCCUCUCUGGCUUUGCUAAGCUGCUCGGACCAUCCGAUCUGAUGAUCAUCGGGCUGGAUGCAUGCACGGACCCGGACAAAGUGUACAGAGCGUAUAAUGAUUCGAAAGGCAUCACCCAGAGGUUCUAUGAGAAUGGACUCGUCCAUGCAAAUGCUGUCUUAGGGUAUGAAGCCUUCAAGGCUUCUGAAUGGGAAGUGGUGACUGAUUACGAUGUUAUCGGAGGGCAACAUCGGGCCUUCUACUCACCCAAGCAGGAUGUGACGAUAGAGGGGGUAUCUCUUCGGAAAGGUGAACAGCUCGUGUUUGAAGAGGCAACUAAGUAUGGCCCCGAAGAGCGAGAGCAAUUGUGGCGGGAUGCAAACUUGUUCCACUGCGCGGAGCUUGGCAACGCUUCGGGAGACUAUCACAUCCAUCUUUUAUCAUCGACUUACCUCAACCUUCCCACUCGACCGUCCGAAUAUGCUGCCAGCCCAGUUCCGAGUCUGAAAGAGUUCCGCUCAUUAUGGACUGCGUGGGAUGCUGUCACAAAGGCCAUGGUGCCGCGGGAAGAACUUCUUGCCAAGCCUAUCAAGCUUCGGAACGCUUUGGUCUUCUACCUUGGACAUAUCCCCAAUUUCAUGGAUAUUCAUCUCACCCGAGCAUUUGGUGGUUGUCCGACUGAGCCAAAGGAGUAUCGCUUAAUCUUCGAACGUGGAAUUGAUCCAGACGUAGACAACCCCGAACAGUGCCACUCUCACAGUGAAAUUCCUGACGAGUGGCCUCGGCUGAGUGAGAUUCUGGAAUAUCAGGAUAAGGUCAGAAUUAGAGUCGAAUCCGUCUUGCAGAGAGACGAUAUCGCACACAACCGAUGCCUGGGUGAGGCACUUUGGAUUGCUUUCGAGCACGAAGCAAUGCAUCUUGAGACCUUCCUCUACAUGCUUCUUCAAAGCGAGAAGACUCUUCCUCCACCGACUGUUCCCAGACCGGACUUUGAGGAGUUAUCACAAAAGGCUAAAGCGAACGCGAAGCCGAACGAAUGGUUCACCAUCCCUGCACAGACAGUGACCCUUGGACUCGAUGAUGCAGACGAAAAUUCCCUCCCUACUGCGUCCUUUGGAUGGGACAAUGAGAAACCUCAGCGUAGUGUCAGUGUCCCGGCCUUUGAAGCGCAAGCUCGUCCGAUAACAAAUGGCGAGUAUGCCAAGUACUUGCAAGCGACUCGUCAGCGACUCAGACCUGCGUCCUGGGCCCUGGCCCAUUCCGACGAGGAUUAUCCGAUUAGCAAGGGGGUAACUCAAGAAAGCGCUAACGCCACGGCAGACUUCCUGGCAAACUUUGCUGUCCGAACAGUCUUUGGUUCGAUACCACUUCAAUUUGCGGAGGAUUGGCCAGUCAUGGCUUCCUACGACGAACUAUCUCAAUAUGCCGAGUGGAUGGGUUGCAGGAUACCCACAUAUGAGGAAGUGAAGAGUAUCUAUAGCUACUCUGCACGGUUGAGAAAGUUGAGCCAAGAUGAGGCACAUCGUACUGGAAAUGGAGUCAAUGGUACCACCAACGGUUCGUCAAGCAAUGGACACUCAAAAUCCAUUUCCAGCAAGCCUCGUACACCGGGCCAUCAGCCAGUGCAGCCGCCUUCCCGGGACAGCAUGCCGGUCUUUGUUGACCUCGACGGUUGCAACGUCGGCUUCAAGUCCUGGCACCCUACCCCAGUUACGCCAAACGGUGAUCGACUCGCUGGUCAAGGCGAAAUGGGAGGCGUUUGGGAAUGGACUAGCACCCCAUUAGCCCCGCAUGAGGGUUUCCAAGCCAUGGACAUCUAUCCAGGCUAUACUGCGGAUUUCUUUGACGGAAAACACAACAUCGUCCUCGGCGGCUCCUGGGCAACGCAUCCUAGAAUCGCCGGCCGUACGACACUUCUUGGAAGUGUCAACUGGUACCAGCACAACUACCUUUACACCUGGGCAGGCGCACGCCUAGCUCGCAAUCUUUAA